AGCAUCAAAAUGACAAUACCAUCUUUCCAAGGUAGAACUGACCCAGAGGUUUAUCUAGAGUGGGAGAAAAAAAUAGAUUUGGUAUUUGAUUGUCAUAAUUACUCUGAGGAGAAGAAAGUAAAGUUGGCAGUAAUUGAAUUCACUGAUUAUGCUAUUAUUUGGUGGGAUCAAUUAGUGACCACUAGGAGAAGGAAUCAUGAGAGGCCUAUAGAGACAUGGGGAGAGUUGAAAGCUCUCAUGAGGCGGAGAUUUGUACCUAGUCACUACUAUAGGGACCUUUAUCAAAAGCUCCAAAAUCUUACACAGGGGUCUAGGAGUGUGGAGGAUUACCAUAAGGAGAUGGAGGUGGCUAUGAUUCGGGCUAAUGUAGAGGAGGACCGGGAGGCCACCAUGGCUAGAUUUUUGAGUGGUUUGAAUAGAGAUAUAGCCAAUGUAGUUGAAUUGCAACAUUAUGUGGAGAUAGAGGACAUGGUGCACAUGGCUAUGAAGGUGGAGAGGCAAUUAAAGAGAAAAGGGACAGCAAGGUACACUUCGGUUCCUAGCACUACUUGGAAAUCAAAGUGGGAUAGGAAUGAUUCUACUGAAGCAAAGAGAAAGAUCGAACCACCUAAGGGCAAAGUUGAGGGACCUAGCAGCAAAGCCAAGGUAGAAUCUCAACCUUCAAGGAAUAGAGAUAUUAAAUGUUUUAAGUGUUUGGGUUCAGGGCACAUUGCUUCUCAAUGUCCAAAUAGGCGAGUGAUGAUUAUGCGUGACAAUGGGGAGGUGAUGACUGAGAGUGAGGAUGAUCGUGAUGGAGUGCCCGAGUUAGUUGAUGCUAGUGAUGACGAAGGAGUGAUAUAUGCUGUGAGUGAGUCUCUUGUUGCUAGGCGUGCUCUCAACACACACAUAAAGGUGGAUGAUGCCGAGCAACAGAGAGAGAACAUUUUCCAUACUAGAUGUCACGUCAACAGCAAAGUAUGUAGUAUGAUUAUUGAUGGAGGGAGUUGUACUAAUGUGGCUAGCACUACUUUGGUUGAGAAAUUGAAUUUACCAACCUUAAAACACUCUAGACCAUACAAAUUGCAGUGGUUGAAUGAUUGUGGGGAAGUUAGGGUGGAUAGACAAGUGUUAGUUCCUUUUUCAAUUGGAAGGUAUCAGGAUGAGGUGCUUUGUGAUGUUGUGCCUAUGCAUGCUGGCCAUAUUUUGUUGGGGAGGCCGUGGCAAUAUGAUAGGAGGGAGUUUGAUGAUGUAUUCCCAGAGGAGAUGCCUAAUGAGUUGCCACCCAUUAGAGGCAUUGAGCAUCAGAUUGAUUUUGUACCUGGAGCUGCUAUUCCAAACCGACCAGCCUAUAGGAGUAAUCCAGAGGAGACAAAGGAACUUCAGAGGCAAGUUGAGGACUUGAUGAGCAAGGGGUACGUGAGGGAGAGCAUGAGCCCAUGUGCAGUACCAGUGCUAUUAGUGCCAAAGAAGGAUGGGACGUGGAGAAUAGUUGUUUUUCUUGGAUAUGUUGUUAGUACAAAGGGUAUUGAGGUGGAUGAAGAGAAAGUCAAGGCCAUCAAGGAGUGGCCAACGCCAAAGAGUAUCACUGAGGUAAGAAGCUUUCAUGGUUUAGCUAGCUUUUAUCGGCGUUUUGUUAAAGAUUUUAGCACCAUUGCUGCACCACUCACUGAAGUCAUUAAAAAGAAUGUUGGGUUUCAUUGGGGGGCUACUCAAGAGAAUGCUUUUGCCACCAUUAAAGAAAGGUUGUGCUCUGCACCUGUGCUAGCAUUACCUGAUUUUAACAAAGCUUUUGAGAUUGAAUGUGAUGCCUCAGGUAUAGGGAUUGGAGCUGUUUUGAUGCAGGAUAGGCGGCCCAUAGCUUUCUUCAGUGAAAAGUUAAGUGGGGCCUCACUCAAGUACCCUACUUAUGACAAAGAGCUUUAUGCUCUUAUUCGUGCAUUGGAGACUUGGCAGCACUACCUAUGGCCUAGGGAAUUUGUGAUCCACACCGAUCAUGAAUCAUUAAAGCAUCUCAAGGGUCAAGGUAAGUUGAAUAAAAGGCAUGCUCGUUGGAUGGAAUACAUUGAGACAUUUCCAUAUGUCAUCUGUUACAAGCAAGGUAAGGAGAACAUUGUUGCUGAUGCUUUAUCUCGAAGGUAUCAUGAGGGUUACUUGUUUAAAGAAAACAAACUUUGUGUGCCAGGUUGUUCCAUGCGUGAAUUACUAGUGCGUGAGGCACAUGGUGGUGGAUUAAUGGGACACUUUGGUGUCAAGAAGACUUUGGAUAUUUUGCAUGAACAUUUCUUUUGGCCUAAGAUGAAGAGAGAUGUCACUCGCAUUUGUGGCAGGUGCAUUACAUGUAGGAAGGCCAAAUCUAAAGUGUUGCCACAUGGGUUGUAUACACCCUUACCCGUUCCUAGUGAACCAUGGGUCGACAUAUCUAUGGACUUUGUUUUGGGGCUACCUAGGACCAAAAGGGGUAGAGAUUCUAUUUUUGUGGUUGUGGAUAGAUUUAGUAAAAUGGCACAUUUCAUUCCAUGCCAUAAAACAGAUGAUGCCACAAACAUAGCUGACUUGUUUUUCAGGGAGAUAGUGCGACUCCAUGGUGUUCCCAGGAGUAUUGUUUCUGAUAGGGAUGUUAAAUUCCUUAGCUACUUUUGGAAGGUGUUGUGGGGGAAAUUGGGUACCAAGCUCUUAUUUUCCACUACUUGUCAUCCGCAGACUGAUGGUCAAACUGAAGUAGUUAAUAGGACCUUAACUCAGCUUUUACGCACUGUUGUUCAUAAGAAUUUAAAAACUUGGGAGGAUUGUUUGCCAUUCAUAGAGUUUGCAUAUAAUAGGACCAUGCAUACUACUACUUCAUAUUCUCCUUUUGCAAUUGUUUAUGGAUUCAAUCCGCUUACCCCUUUAGAUUUGAUGCCUUUACCGGUUGAUGGCAGGAAUUGGGUUUGGGUUCACAUGCGCAAAGAAAGAUUCCCAGCUCAUCGGAGGACUAAGUUGCAUCCUCGAGGAGAUGGACCUUUCCAAAUCCUUGAGAAAAUUAAUGACAAUGCCUAUAAAGUGGAUCUCCCAGGUGAGUAUAAUGUGUCUGCUACUUUCAAUGUUUCUGAUCUUUCUCCUUUUGACGUAGGUGAAGAUUCGAGGUCGAAUCCUUUUGAGGAGAGGGGGAAUGAUGGGAACCAAGGCAGGCCUACUCUUAAAGAUCCUUUGCAAGUUCCAGAUGGGCCAAUUACAAGAUCGAGAGCCAAGAAGAUCAAGGAAGCAAUGCAAGGAUUACUUUGCAGCAAGAACUCUCUUGUACCUGCGAGGGUGGAAGAAAGGGUGGCAAAGGGUGUUUUCUUCAAGGAACGGGAAAGCAGGAAGCUUUGGAAGUUAGAGAAAGCAGGAGCUUGA